AUGGUUUCAUUCCGUGUACGUGGCGCAAGGAUUGCAGAGGCACAUUUGCCGAAACUGAAGUUGUUCACGCUCGCUAAGAGUUUGGGUGGUGUAGAGAGUCUUUCGGAGUUACCUGUGCGGAUGACGCAUGCGAGUAUCCCACCGACGGAGCGGGAGGGGUUG